UAAUAUUCCAUAUUUUGUUUAAGUUAUCAUCAAUUUUCUUGAGUAUAUUUGUCUUCAACAUAUAUUUUUCAUCGAACAAAUAACCCAUUAUACGCCAAACAACUGGCUAAAAUUGAGUGCAAAUAAUCUCACAGUUGGUUUUCGAAUGUGAGCAUUCUUGUUUAAUUUCAACUAAUACACGACAGUCGCAGUUCCGCAACAGAAGUAUAUAUAAGUCCAAGCUGACAGCCUUGACUUGGUAUUCGUCGUUAAUUAAAUAUGUUAGUCAGGAUCGUUUAUUUUGGCUUCCUUUUGGGGGCCACUUUUGCAAAGAGUUACAAUCCUCCCUCAUUAAAUUGUGGACGUCAGCAAUGUCGUGAUGACGGUGAAGUUAUUUGUGGUAAACUAGAAGAUAACUAUAAGUUAUUUACUGGCAGUUGUGCAGUAUUGGCGCAUUACUGUGACACAGGAGAACAAUAUACGAUCAUACCUUAUGAUCAAUGCCCACCGCAAGCAUUUAACGUCCCACGAUCGUGUCCAGAGCAAGAGGAUUAUGUUUGUGCAACAGCAGAUAAUCAAACAUAUCGGGUCUUCAAAAAUUAUUGCGAGUACAACAAUUUUUUGAUGGUCUUACGAAGAGUUUAUUGGACUGUAACGUUGGAUCAUUGUAUUGGUUUACCGGAUAUGCCGAGUGGAAUUUGUUCCUCUCUCACAGCCACGGGGGGAGAAGUUUGCGCUUUCGAUGGAACCAUAUAUACACUUUUCCCUAGCGUGUCGGCUUUAAAUCAAGAGAAAUGUUUCAACAACGAACGUUGGCAAAGAGUGUCCCUCAUCUAUUGCUAAAGAGUGUCAAUCAAAGAAAAUCCAGAAAAUGAGAAGAUUUGUUAUUAUUCUUAUUACAAAUAAAAAUUAUAUUUCUCAUUGAUUUUAAUCAA